AUGAACCGGCAGAGGACCGUCGCGCGCAGAUCUGCGGUCGCCGCCCCCGUGCGCGCCAAGCUCUACGACAACAUCCUCGAAACCAUCGGCAACACGCCCAUCGUGAAGAUCAGCGACAGGCUCGCGCCGAAGGGCGUCGAGGUCUACGCCAAGGCUGAGUUCUUCAACCCCUGCAGCUCUGUGAAGGAUCGACUCGCGCUUGCAGUCAUCACCGACGCCGAGCAGAAGGGUCUGCUCAAGCCCGGCGAUACCGUCGUCGAGGCCACCUCCGGCAACACCGGCAUCGCGGUUGCCAUGGUCUGCGCGCAGAGAGGAUACAACUGCGUCAUCUGCAUGGCUGAGCCGUUCUCGGUGGAGCGCCGAAAGAUCAUGAGGAUGCUCGGCGCCAAGGUGAUCGUCACGCCAAAGGCUGGUAAAGGCACCGGCAUGGUCGCGAAAGCGGAAGAGCUGUGCGAGAAGCACGGAUGGUUCCUCUGCAGGCAGUUCGAGAACGACGCCAAUCCCGCCUUUCACGCAUCAACCACGGGUCCCGAAAUUCUCACUGACUUUGCUGGCAAGAGGCUCGACUACUUUGUCACCGGCUACGGCACCGGAGGCACCUUCCAGGGUGUCGGCCGCGUCGUCAAGGCGGCGAGACCCGAUACCAAGAUUGUCCUCCUCGAGCCCGAGGCGGCUUCCCUCAUCGCCUCCGGGACCAAGACUGAGAGGAAGUCGACCGGCGCUCCAAAGGGAUCGCACCCUGCUUUUGCAGCUCACCCGAUCCAGGGCUGGACCCCCGACUUCAUCCCGAAGGUGCUCGAGGAUGCACAGGCGAUGGACCUUUACGACGAGCUCGUUCCCAUCUCUGGUCCUGAGGCGAUCGAGACUGCGCAGAAGCUGGCGAGCACUCAGGGUAUCUUCACAGGUAUCUCUGGCGGCGCCUCGAUGGCAGGUGCGCUCAAGGUUGCAGCGAAGGCUCCCAAGGGCAGCGUGAUCCUCACCAUGCUUCCCGACACCUCAGAACGAUACAUGUCAACGCCCCUGUACGAGUCUAUCGCCGCAGACAUGAACGAGGAGGAACUCGAGAUCGCCAAGUCCACCCCUUCCUUCCAGCUGCUUCCCGGCGAGGAGCCCGUGCUCCAGGCGUGAUAA